AUGGGCGGCAGGGAGGGCGUGAGCGGCAGAGAGGGCAUGGGCGGCAGGGAGGGCGUGAGCGGCAGGGAGGGCAUGGGCGGCAGGGAGGGCGUGAGCGGCAGGGAGGGCAUGGGCGGCAUGGAGGGCGUGAGUGGCAGGGAGGGCGUGAGCGGCAGGGAGGGCAUGGGCGGCAGGGAGGGCAUGGGCGGCAGGGAGGGCGUGGGCGGCAGGGAGGGCGUGAGCGGCAGGGAGGGCGUGGGCGGCAGGGAGGGCGUGGGCGGCAGGGAGGGCGUGGGCGGCAUUUGGGCGGCAGGCAGGGCGUGGGCGGCAGGGAGGGCAUGGGCGGCAGAGAGGGCAUGGGCGGCAGGGAGGGCGUGA